GAUUGGCCCUUCCUCCAAAGUAUAAAGCAGCUAGAACUGCAGCUGGUUAAAUCUUAAUAGCUGUAGGUGAGGGAAGAGUAUUCUAUCACCAGUCGCUGGGUCCUGUCUUGGUCUCCCACUAGAGCAAAAUGUGCAGGAUGGUGAAUCCUCUGUUAAUGAGCUUAGUGCUCACACUGACUUUUGUGGUUUCGGUCACAAGCAUCCUUCAUCAUGUAUCCCGCGAGGAACUGUACGAUCGCCUGGCUAAUCGACACAUGCUGACAGAGACGAAACUGCAGGAGUUCAUUAAUGUUCCCGAUGAUGGGGUUUACUUGGAACUUUUGGCAAAGGACUGCCAGGCAGCUUUCUUAAACAAGAGGAGUCAGAGUGGCCUGUAUGUGAUCCACCCUAAAAAUUCACUCCCAAUGGCAGUAUAUUGUGACAUGAGCUCUGAUGGUGAAGGCUGGACAGUCCUGCAGAAGAACACUUUGCAGAAGAGCCUCUUUGGAUCCCCUGACUGGAGCGAGUACAAACAAGGGUUUGGUAAUCUGAUGGCAGAUCACUGGUUGGGCAAUGAAAUGAUUUACCUCCUCACAAGGCAGAACACAUUUACAGUCAGGUUCAGUGUUGUUGAUGCUCAUAACAAUAAGCAUCAUGCAGAUUACUCCAGUUUUAGGCUGGACAGUGAGGCUAAAAAUUAUACACUGAGACUGGGUGACUAUUCCGGGGAUGCAGGGGAUGUACUGACAGCCAUGAAUGAGACAGGCAUGCAUGACAACAUGAUGUUUUCCACCGAAGACAAAGACAAUGAUCGAUGGAAAAAUAACUGUGCACUGGAGCAUGAGGGAGGCUGGUGGUUUGACAACUGUGGUUCUUCUCUGUUCAACAGUGAUGACUUUAUAUAUUGGAGAGGUCUGUGUGAUGAACACAAUCACUGCGCCUCUUCUAGUAUUAUGAUUAAACCCAGUAAGAAGAACUGCUCUCCUACUCCACUGCCAGGGCCUGGUGUCCACCUUCCAGUUCAUCAAAAGAGUUAGGGGCAAUCUCAGUCCAUUUGAGGUCAUCAGAUACUCAUGCCAUCUUUAAUUAGUGUCCUUCUCUGUCAAUGUAGGGACCCAUAGUUUCUUCAAUAAGUGACCUUCUCAGUCUAUAUAGGGACCCCAGAUACUCAUGAAUUACUUUAUCUGUCUAUGUAGGGAUCCGGGUUACUCAUGUCUUCUAACAUCUCUCUUCUAGCAUCUCAUCUCUAGCAUCACAAGCCUCUCUCUCUC